CAUCCUGGAGCCAGGAUCUAGUGCCUAGGUUUGCCUUUUUGGCAGGCACCUCUGUAUUCAAGGGACUGGGGUGUGAGUGAUCUUCGUGGGACCUAGAUCAAGGCAAGCUUUUCCUUCUACUAGGCUUGCGUCUCUGCACUCGGCUGGCUUCUAUUGUGGCUGGAUGUUCCGCCGCAGAGAAUCAAAGUUCCCUUGGAGUUUUUACUACUUCAAUAGAUCCCCUUCUGCUCUGACGGCAGCAUUGUCCUGCAACUUUCAGCUGGAGCUAAUAAUGACCUCUCUACCUGGCUUCCUUCUUCUUAAAUGCUGACCUUGAGUAUGAGUUGGAUGUUCUUGCAAAGAUCCCGUUGCCUCUUGCCCAUUGGUCCUCUCAAGCCACGGGGUCCUGCCUUCACGGUAUCCCGGAAGAACUCCGCUGUGGCUUCUACAAGCUUUCAUCCACUAUGGAAGGCCAAGUACCUUGGAGGCCCUGGUGCCAUGAGAUCCAGUUAUUGCCUUGGACCUUAUUCCCAAUGAAAAAGGGAUUAACAAUGAGGGGCUCUUAAGGAGAGGGGGCAAUUACUGGCAUGAAUAAUGAGUGCCACUAAUGGGGCUGGGGUUCUUGUUGGCCUUACAACAGUGUCAGUCCCACUGGACUUUAGCCCACAUAGUGGCCUGAUGUCUGGGCCACUGAGCCACAAUUUGACUCUGAAUCAGACUUCACCAACGUCCGAUCCUCUGAAUGUCUCUGAGGGGGCAGCAGCCCCUCGGAAGUCCAUCGGGGACAAGAACUGGCCUGCCCUCCUCAUCCUGAUCAUUAUCCUACUGACCAUUGGAGGGAACAUUCUGGUCAUCAUGGCAGUCUCCUUGGAGAAGAAGCUCCAAAAUGCCACCAACUACUUCCUGAUGUCCUUGGCAGUGGCGGACAUGUUGGUGGGCAUCCUUGUCAUGCCAGUUUCCCUCAUCACCAUUCUUUACGAUUAUGCUUGGCCCUUACCUAAACAAUUGUGUCCAAUCUGGAUUUCCUUAGAUGUCCUCUUUUCUACUGCCUCUAUCAUGCACCUCUGUGCCAUCUCUCUUGACCGCUAUGUUGCGAUCCGUAACCCCAUCGAGCACAGCCGGUUUAAUUCUCGCACCAAGGCAAUAAUGAAAAUUGCUGCUGUUUGGACCAUCUCUAUAGGGAUCUCGCUACCCAUCCCAGUCAUCGGCCUGCAAGACGAUUCCCGGGUGUUUGUGAAUGGGAGUUGUGUCCUCAAUGACGAGAACUUUGUUCUCAUUGGUUCCUUUGUGGCGUUCUUCAUCCCGCUCAUCAUCAUGGUGUUUGCCUACUGCCUGACCAUCCAAGUGCUGCAGAAACAAGCAUCCGUGUUCCUGUAUGGGGAGGCACCCAAGCAGAGGAGGAGCAGCAUGAGCUGCCUGAAGAAGGAGAACAACACAGAGAACCUCUCCAUGCUCCAGAACCAUGAGGCCGCAUCCCACUUGAACUCUCCUGUUAACAAGGAAGGGGUGCUCUUCCGGAAAGGUACCAUGCAGUCCAUCAACAAUGAGCGGAGGGCAUCCAAGGUCCUGGGGAUUGUCUUCUUCCUGUUCCUCAUCAUGUGGUGCCCCUUUUUCAUCACCAACAUCAUGUCUGUCCUCUGCAAGGAGGCCUGUGAUGAGGCUCUGUUGGGGGAGCUCCUGGACGUCUUCGUUUGGGUGGGCUACAUCUGCUCUGGGGUCAACCCCCUGGUAUACACACUCUUCAACAAAAUCUACCGUAGGGCUUUCUCUAACUACAUUCGCUGCCACUACAACAAUGGCAAAAAGUCAGCGCAGCGGCACAACCAGUGUCCAAACGUCUCGUCAACAGCUUUCUACGGGAAAGACCUCAAUUUGAACAGUUACCGCAAUGGGAACGAACUCAACAGCAUGGAGAUGGAUGAGAUGGAGGAUGCUUUGGAAAUGCACGUAGGAACCUCAGAGCUCUCAAUAAACAACUGCAGUGGCAAGAAAACAAGUAGUGUGUAAGACUGUUCAAGGACCACACCCACGCUCCAGAUUUCGCUGUGGCUCAGCUACAGACAAUGUAUGUGUUAAUCAAAUAAUGAUGUAAAUAAUGCAUUCUGAACAAAGCAGUCUCUCCUUUUUUUAAAUUUGAACUUUCACAUUUGUAAUUCAUUGCUUUCCAUCAUUCCUAAAACAGAAUCUGUACUUACUGUUGGAAGCAGAGGAGGCAGAGCCUCUAUAGGAACGGUGGGUACCAGACCCAAAGUGGCAUUUGUUAUUUUGCUUCUGAAAUGUUGAUUUUCCUUCCCUUGCUGCAUGAACAAAAGUGCUGACUAUUAAUCUCAGGUGGUAUUUUUUUGAGUCCUCAAUGGUCCAUUAUGAGUAGUCACAAAUCAAAUAAAGGGAUAUGGGCUUGGAUAGUUCAA